CUCACUAACCUACAAAGCAAAUUAAACGCAAUGAAGAUAAUAUUAAUUAUUUCUGUGUUAAUUAUAAGUGUCAAGUGCGGUUUAUUAGAUGACCUCGUGACAAACGAACAAAAAUCCAGUCUAACCAAUCUUCUAGGCAAAAAGCCUAAAACAACUGAAAAUGAAAAAACUGAAUACCAUCAAGGAGUUUUGGUAAAAGUGAAAGAAACUCUUGAAAAUGGAACCAAAAUUAUUAUAGAUGCACUAGGAAACGUUAUUAGGAUCAAUCCUAAAGAUGAUAAAGAGGUUCCGAAAGCAGAAAACCCUGAACCAACAACAAACAAACCUAUAAAAGACGCUGAGAUUGGUAAAGAUGAAGGUAACAAAACUGUCGAUAAAAAACCCGACGUACCUAGCCCGAACGUAACAAUAGAAGAAGCUCAAAAGAAUUCGAAUGAAACUGCUUUAAAGACAGAAGAUGAAUUAAAGAACAAAACGAUUCCACAGGAGAAUGACGUAAACACAAAAGAUGGUAACAAAGGUGUUGAUGAUGUGAAAAAUUCAACAGAAGUUAAUAAAGUCACUGAUAAAGAUAAAUUAUGUACUGAUGAAAAAUCUUGUAAUAAAGUAGCUGUAACGACGAAAAUGGCUUUUACGGGUGACGAGUGUCCUACUGGGAAGAUCAGAGCUGCUGAUGAAACCUGUGUUGAUGAAGAGUAACUUCGAAAUGGAUACCUGAAGGUUGAAUUUCUUAUUGUCGCUUAUAAUUGUUGCGAAUUAAAUGUAAUUUAGUC